CGACCGAGUCCACAUCGAAAGCCGCGACCAUAGUCCCUCGCUCAAGUACCCAAUUCGAAACCCUCGAGGCCUCUCAAUCCGAUCGUCGUCAUGCCUACUCCCGAGUCCGAGCAGUUCAAGGCCCAGAAGCCUACCGUCCCUCCCACCUUCAACGGCGUCGACUACGAUGAUACCAAGGCCUUCAAGGCUGCUGAGGAUUCCCUCAUCCGGGAACAAUGGGUCGGCGCCAUGAUGACCCGACUCGUCGGCGAGGAGCUGGGCAAGUGCUACGUCCGUGAGGGCGUGAACCACCUCGAGAACUGCGGCCAUCUCCGAGAGCGAUACCUGCAAUUGCUGAAGACGAACAAGAUCAAGGGCACCAAGUUCAUUCAGCAGAACUACAUUGACCAGAAGGAAGAGGAACUUGACCGGGCAGCCAAGGUGCACACCAGCGACAAGAUCGCCAAGAUGAACCAGGACCGGUUCGCUUCGUGAGAUACGAAUUGACUGGUGCAUGCGUUUAAGAGAGACGAUUGAGUAGACCUUGGUUAUCUAGAUGCGAGGGAAUUGUGGUCUUGAUAUCAAAGGCAUCGAGUCGUCACAACCUCGGUUCUGGUGGUAAAGGUGAAGCAAACACCUAAACCCUGUAUGACUGUGUAUAUAUCAGGAAGCAAUGAAACAAAAAUGAUCCACG